GAUAUAUAUUGUUUCCAUGUUCUGGGAAACCAAUCAUGCUAGAAUUCAUACAGGUGUAACACGUCUGCUUUCCAAUCAAAAGAAGUAAAAAAGUCAAAGAGCAUUCCAACGCGGAUAGAGAGGCUUUCAUGAAUAUACAAAUAAGAAACUACUAACAAGUAAAACUCAUCAAUUUUCCAUUGCAUAACAUCUGCUCUCUCAUACAUUCAACUAGCUGCUGUUUCAACAAUGAACUAUGCAAAUAACAGGGUACUCUAUGGUGGACUUUGAUAUUCUGUAAUUGAUUUGAUGGAAUCUUCCAACCAAUUCAAUGAAUCAUUUAGGCAAGGUCUUACAGCUGGAUAUGUCUUUGCUGCAACUUUUGUCAUAGUACUUUAUAUGUCCUCUUGUCUCCCUGCACAACUUAUCAAGAACAGGAAGAAUAGAACGGGUGGAUUUAAGAAAGCAACACAGAAGCGUAAGUUGCCGCUUCAGGAGUUGAAACAAGAAAAAAACAAAGAGAAACGAAAGAGAGCAAGACAGAUAGACAGAGAUCUUCCUGUGGAGUUGCUAGAGAGAAGAAUAAAGAUCAAUGACAUUGGAUGGUUGACAUGUAGAACGAGCUUCGCAGAACUGUAUGAAGCAACCGAACACUUCAGUGAGGACAGUGUCAUUGGUGAGGGAAGGACUGGGACAAUGUACAAGGCAACACUUCCCAACGGUUGGUUCUUGCUGGCAGUUAAGAAACUCUAUGAUUCUGAGUUGUGUAUCAGAAGUUUCGAUUUAGAAAUAAUGAUGGGGAGGUACAGUCACAGAAACAUAAUGGUCCCCAUCAGUUUCUGCAUAGAAGAAGAAAAAAAUGAAAGAAUUUUGGUGUAUCAUUACAUGUCAAAUGGAAGAGUUUCUGAUUGGUUGAAUGAUACCACCACAUUAGGAUGGCCUGCAGUUAUAAGGAUUGCAUUAGGUGUUGCAAGAGGGUUAUGCUGCCUUCAUCAUAGCUUGCAUAUGGUUCAUCUCAGUAUUGGUCCCGAGAGUAUCUUGUUAGGAAACAAUUUUGAGCCAAGAAUAUCCAAUUUUGGAAUGGCCAUUUUCAUAGACUAUGAUCUAGACAAAAACAUUGGAUUUGAUAAGAAGGAUGUGUAUGACUUUGGAACUUUGCUUUUUGAGGUGAUUAGGGGGAAGGCAUUCGGCCAAACAAGUAAAUGUUUUAGCAAUGCUAAUACUAAUGGUCCUUUUACAACUUACACAUAUGCUACUAAUCUGUUCGAGGACCCUUUUGGCUUCUAUGAUGCCGUGGAUAAAUGUCUAAAUGAGAUAGAAUUUGAAGAUGAGGUUUCUGCUUUACUCAGAGUUGCAUGUGACUGUGUUCAUCCUUUACCUCCUAAAAGGCCCACGAUGCUUGAAGUGUAUAGUAAGAUGAGCAACAUAUGGGAGAGAGAUGGCCUUUUUGAAGAUUCUUCCACGUUCUAGUGUUUUUUAUUACGUUUCUAUAUUGAUAUGUCUAGCCGAAAUGCCUCACAUUCUUGAAGCUUGGAAUAGUUAGCUUGAUUGGUUAAUUUAUUAGUUGUUAGAUACUUAGUAAUAUAACAACAUGAAAGCCUUAUCCCACUACAUGAGAUACACACUAAUAAGUUCUGUAAAUAGAACACAUCUCCCACAUUAUUUUGUAUCUUUCUGGUUCCUAUUGGUCCUAGUUUGGUGAUAUGUUCUUCUUCUCUCCUAAUGAGCUCACUCAUGUCCCCUAGGCCCUAACAAAUCUUAUAGAUUAUUUUUUUUAUCAUCAA